AUGGAUACGAUAAUUCAAACCACAGCAGAAAUCUUAGCAAUUUACAAUCCCAUAGUUGCUACAAUUAACAUUAUAGCUAAGGAAAUUCAUGAAAUUUACAAAAAUGCCGAAAGUAAUAAAGAAAUUUGCUUAAUUAUGGCGAACCGAGUAAGUUCAGCAGAAUUUUCGAUGAAUACAAUGAUGAGGAAUAUAGAAGGAGAUGAAGGAAAUGAAGAAAUUUUAGAAAAUUUUCGUAAAAAAGAAUAUUAUUUAGCCUUUGAAACGUUUAAAAAUCUUUUGACAAAUAUCAAAGAGUAUACUAAUAAAGUAUCAAAGUUUAAUCGAUAUAAGCAAUAUAUCAAUGCAAUGGAAGUUAAGCAAAAAUAUGAAAGAUUAACGAUGCAGUAUGAUAUGUGUAUGAAAGAUUUGCAGUUUACUAUGUUAGUUAGCAGUGAAGUUGACAGAGCUAAUGAAGCAAAAAAAGUCGAUAAGGCUAUAAAAAACACUGAAGCGGCGCUUGGAAAACUAGAUACAGCAAACCAAAAACUUGAUAUGAUAGCUAAAAAUAUAGACUUUUUAAUUAAAGAUAAACAAACCGAUAUCCAAGUAAAAACAAUCGAUGCGAAUGAAUUAAGAGAACCUGUUUAUGCAGAACAUAAUGUUCGAAAGAGUGUCGUUAAAAAGAUUUAUGAAGAGUAUGAGGUUGCAUGUAAACCCAUAGAUUCACAAAAAAUAGGAACUGAAUUAUCAGUCCUUAAAAAAUUAAAAUCAAAGUACAUACUCCAAUUUCAUGGACUUUCUUAUGUCGAUAACAGUGAAGUUAUGGUAUUGGAAUGGGCAGAGAAAGGAACAUUGAAAGAGCUUUAUAAUACUAAUGAUAUACCUUGGACUAGAAAGAUACAAAUCAUUAGAGAUAUCAGUCGUGGUAUUGUGUUAGGAAAUUUAGAUCCGAAACUUGGAAAUUUCAAGUUUGCCCGUGAUAUACAUGACAAAACUAAGAAUCUUUCAAGCAUUUUACCAGAUGUUAUUCGUUGGAUGGCGCCUGAACAGAUUAAGAGAUAUACUGACACAAGUGACGAUAGACAUGGAAAAAAAGGAUAUUAUACAUUUAAUUGUGAAAUGUUCAGUUUUGGAAUGCUUAUUUGGGAGCUUUGUUAUGAAAAAAUUCCUUACCAAGGUAUGAGUAUUAAGGAAAUAUCUGAUCACGUUUUAAAUGGUAAACGAGAAAGGCUUCCGCCCGGAGAAUUCAAAAAUCCUGUUGAUAAAGUGAUUCAAGAAAAAUUUGUUAAAAUUAUUGAUAAAGUAUGGCGUCAAACACCACAACAACGAAUAGAUAUUGCAAAUUUAAACAGAGAGCUUGAAAUGCUAUCUGUAGAAUAUCCUAUUUGUCCUAAAGAUCCCAUGCUAUUAGAAGAUAAAGCAUUAAACCUGGAUGGGACUAUGAACGGUCUAGAACUUGACUUUAUCCCUCUUGAUAAAGGAAUAGAAUUUCAUAGAAAGAAAGACCAUAAAAAUGCAUGGAAAAGUUUUAUACAGAACUCGGAUCUUGGUAAUGUAGCAGCAAAAUAUUGGCAGGGAUAUUAUUUAUCAUAUGGAUAUAAUGUUGUUGAAAUAGAUCAUGAAAAAGCAAGACAACUUUUUAGGGAAGCCGCUGAUAAUGAUUAUGCUGAUGCACAGUGUCGAUAUGCAGUUUCAUUGCUUAAUAAUCUUAAUCAUAAACAUCUUAACGAUGAAGAAAAAGAGAAAAACUACAAUGAAAUUUUGCAUUACUUCAAAUUAGCUGCUGACAAUAAAAAUGUUGAUGCAAUGUAUUAUUUAGGUGAUAUUUAUGUUAAUGGAAAACUUAAGGUUCCAAAUGAUGAGGAACAUAGGGAACUUGGUUUAAGAUAUUUAAAUUCUGCAGCAAACAAUAAUUACCCAAAAGCAAUUAAAUUAUUGAAUGAUCUAAAAUCAAAUAAGAAUAUUUAA